AUAGCACCUCCUCUUGUUCAGCACCCAAAGUCGAAGGAUAGCUCUGGCCUUUCAAUGGAAGAAAGUGCUAGAUUUGUCAGUGUUGUAUAACAUUAUAACCAACUCUCAAGUUCCAUAUUUUGUUUUGGGGCGAUCGCGGUUUGUCUUCACCUGUUGUGAGAGACAAGAGCUGGCGUCCAACAUGCGUAAAAAUCAACGCUGUCCAAGCAGGGAACCGCCGAGAAACGAAUUACCGCCGCUCAACUGAGGCCAAUCUCGAUUUAUCUUUUUUUUUUCUACAAUAAGGAAACAUUAACUCAGCUAGCUGGCUAACAUCACUUCUGCGGGUAGCUUGGUUAACGACAUAUCUUCAACUUGUAGCGAAGCCAGAUAGCCGGGAUUGGAACUUCACUCGCACAGCGCAGGAGAAAAGUUGUAGGCAGCGAUGGGUGCUUUCCUGGACAAGCCGAAGACGGAGAAGCACAGCGCCCACGGUGACGGAAACGGGCUACGCUACGGUCUGAGCUCCAUGCAGGGCUGGCGGGUGGAAAUGGAGGAUGCCCACACGGCGGUGGUGGGCCUUCCCCAUGGACUCACCGACUGGUCUUUCUUCGCCGUUUACGAUGGCCACGCCGGCUCGCGGGUCGCCAACUACUGCUCCGGGCACCUGCUGGAGCACAUCCUGUCAGGAGGCACCGAGUUCGGAUCGGGGCCGGGCUCCGUGGAGGGCGUAAAGGACGGGAUCCGCUCGGGCUUUCUGAACAUUGACGAAUACAUGCGCAACUUCUCCGACCUGCGGCAGGGCCUGGACCGCAGCGGGUCGACAGCCGUGUGCGUGCUGCUCAGCCCCACUCACCUCUACUUCAUUAACUGCGGCGACUCGCGGUCCGUGCUGUGUCGAGACGGAAAGGUGGGCUUCUCCACUCAGGACCACAAGCCCUGCAACCCCCGCGAAAAGGAGCGCAUCCAGAAUGCUGGCGGCUCGGUCAUGAUCCAGAGGGUAAACGGCUCCCUGGCAGUGUCACGAGCUCUCGGGGACUACGACUACAAAUGUGUGGAUGGUAAGGGCCCCACGGAGCAGCUGGUGAGCCCGGAGCCGGAGGUUUGCGUGUUGGAGAGGGCGUCCGAAGGAGACGAGUUUGUGGUUCUGGCAUGCGACGGAAUCUGGGACGUCAUGUCCAACGAAGAGCUGUGUGAUUUUGUACGAUCACGACUAUUGGUUUGUGAAGAUCUGGAAAAGAUAUGUAACUCGGUGGUGGACACCUGUCUUCAUAAGGGAAGCAGAGACAACAUGAGCGUGGUGUUGGUGUGUUUGCCCGGAGCGCCUAAGAUCUCAGAGGAGGCCAUGAAAAAAGAAGAAGAAUUGGAUAAAUAUCUAGAAACGCGUGUUGAGGAGCUGCUGGGAAACUGUGGGGAGGAGGGAGUCCCUGACCUGGUGUCUGUCCUAAGGAAUAUCGCCUCAGAAAACAUCCCUAACCUUCCGCCUGGUGGAGGCCUGGCCAGCAAACGCAGUGUUAUCGAGGCGGUGUACAACAAACUGAACCCUCACAGAGAAGAGGAAGGGGGGGGAGGAGAGGAGGAGGAGGAUGAGGAGGAGAGUGAGGAGGGAGGUGGCAGCACAGCAGCUCAUCUGAUGGAGGCUCUGCGGCAGUUCCGUCUCCACCACCGGGGGCAGUAUCGCGCAGUGCUGGAGGAGUCUCUGGCCUCCUACCAUCUGCGAGGGGAGGGCACUGUCGAGGGAGCCGGUGAGAUCAGGAGGACCGCUGACGACGGCGAUGAAGAGGAGCAGACCGACUCCCCGCACUCGCCCCCGCCCUCGCCCGAUGCUGUGGAGGCGGAGGCCGGCCAAGAUGCCCCAAAGCCUGAUAUCUCCUCUGACUGAGCGCGCAGCCAAUCAUCCACCCUCCUCCAGGGAUGACCUCACUCCUCUUUCCCCAGCCACAGACCUUGACUAGGCAGAUUGGACAUUAUUUUUGUUAAUUUUCUCAUUAAUUAAAAAAAAUUUAUGAUCAUAUUAAAAUAAAAGUAGCCUUUCUGUGUAUUCAAAUUCUGUUUCCAACUCUCCACCGUUUAAAGAAGAGUCUAUUUCCUUUUUUUGUAGAAACCAGUCAACCAUCAUAUGUUGGUUAUUGCAGAAAUCAAAGUGAAACUUCCCAGUGCUUACUUUGGACUUACAUUCUUCCUCUGCACUCCUUCUCUUUCCCUCUCUCCAUGAUUCACUCAGAACACACAGUUUGUCUCUUUGCACAGCAGAAAAUGAAACUAUUAUAUGAAUAAGGGAGUAAAUGUAGCUCAGAGCGUCCGAACAAAAGCUUUAGGUGGAAAAACUUGAAAACCAAUUUGUUUGCAGAUGCGUUUAAUCUGUUCGUAGAUCUUAUCUGCCCUCAUCAACCUUUGACCUUCUCUUAAUCCAAACUACAUGGGGGGUGAAUGCAGAUACCUGGUUAGAAGAAAAAAAAUGAACAAAACAAUUUAUUUGCAAGUUACAACACAUAUAAUGCCUUCCACAUUUAUUAGCACCCCUUGGUAAAGAUGUGUUUAAAAGAUUUAAAGUUUUUAGAAGGAAGUUUUUAAUAAAGCCCUUAGUUUUCUACUACAUUUCAUUAGAUCAGUGUUUCCCAACCCUGGUCCUCAAGACACACUGCCCUUCAUGUAUCAGAUUCCCCACUUUACUGAACAAUCAGCAUGAGUUAAUUUUCUACAAUGGAGUUUUAGAGCCACAUUAAGAAAAUAUUCACAGAAGAUUGCAAGAAGAAAAUCGCAUUUUCUUCUCGUAAAGUCAAAAUAUGAGAAUAAAGUUGUAGUAUUACAAGAAUGAAGUAUUAUUAUUACCGGAAUGAAGUCGCAAUAGUCCAACGCGAAUAAGCAGUGUUACAACUGCUGUCACAGUUCUCUUCAUAUAACAACUUUAUUCUUCUAAUACUACAACUUUAUUCUCGUAUGAGUUUUUUCUCAUAAUAUCACUUUACUCUUAUAAUUUUAUUAUGUUUUUUUAUUUUCUUAGCAUGACUCUACUGCUCGGUUGUACUUAUCCUAAUUCAAGGCCUGAGGUUAAUUCUCAUCCCACUAGCAAACCUCUCAUGUUAGCAUGAGAUGUUAGCAUUUGGUGGUUGUCAUGGCAACUCCAAGACGCCAUUCUUGAGAUUAUAUACUGUUUUAAAUUUUAAUUUCCCUUAUCAUCCAUCCCUCGGUACGUGGCCUUGCAGGCAGCAAUUAAAAGAAAAUACAGUGUGUCGCGUCAUAUUUAUUCCCUAGUGCAACAAAAAGCUUUUGGGAAGUUCCUAGAAACUGUUCAACUUAAAGAAGGAUAAAAUAGAAGAAUGCUUCAAUUUUUAGAAAUUUUACCAAUGAGUGUUAAUAAAAAAAAAUAGUAGCAUGAAUAGAGAUUUCUCAGUGUGAGAUUUAGCUGCUGUGAUGAAGUCUUGAGGGUUUUUAAACAUUUUUACCAAGGCGGGUUAAUAAAUCUGGCUGCUAACAUGAGACAUGCUGUUGUGCAAAUCUUUGCCAGGAAAUGUAUAUAAUCGCUGCUGAUGUUGACAUGUAAAAAUAAAAUUCAUGUGGAAGAUAGCUUUAGGUCGGUGCAAGAUAAUUACAAGCAUGCAGUAACUCCCAACUCUUUACAUGGAGCAUAUUUCUCUCUAGGCCUUUCGCUUCUGUAACUCUUCAGCACUGGACGCUUCAACUUAAAUGUUUACUCUUCUUUAAAUGCAGCUAGUCGGGGAGUAUUGUUUGUCCUGUAAUGCUCGCACUGCAAUUAUCCGCUCAAAAGCACUUAGCAAGCUGAGGCAAGAUUUAUGCUAAAACUGUCUGUAUGUGUUUAUGAAUCAGUUGUUUGUAUGUGGGACCUAAUGAGUCCUGCAAGAAUGACAAAAUUAUCAAAUAAAAAGAUUCAAAAUGCACUGCUCUAGAUUAUUUACAUUUUAAAGGCUGUUUGUAUCAGUGUGUUAGAUAUGUGGUCCUGUGACAGAUCAGGCAUCUUGUGCAGAAUCUUGACUAAUUCAGUAAUUUGAUGAAAAUAACUCAGGGUUUGAUGCAGGGCCUUUCCCUCACUCUUUUACUGGUGUUUUUCAGAUUCUUUAUCUAGUUGAAUGUGACUUAAAUACGUAUUUUGUGUGGCUGUGCGUAUCUAGUAUAUAUGGGCUAAAAGUGCUGCUUUUAUUCAAAAUGGAAGAGCAAAAAAUAUUCCUAACGCUUCAAAACUCAAAAAAACUCUCAGACUAUUAUAUUGUUCUCUAUUGAGAUAAUUUCUGCUAUUUUUUUUAGGUCCGAUUCACCAAUUUUGAUUCACUUUUGCUUUUUUUUUUUCUCCGAGGUUCACAAAUGUGUGAUGCAUUGGGGGGUUGUAGUUCUUAAUUCAAAACCCACACUGUUGGGUUGCAUGUAAAGACAGAAAAUGAUGGGAGUUCUGAGUUUUUAAGCAAAAAUAUAGAAAAAAUACUAACUGGUAGUAUUAACGUGAUCAAAAAAACAGAUUUAUAAAAAGGCUACAUGGAUUUAUUUGGUUUGUUUUCCCAAAGCUGCUUUUUUGUUCUUGUCAAAAAGACGAGAACAAAAAGCUAGGAAAUUGUUAGCAAUAUUUGGUAUCAAAUAUCGUUACUAUUAGAUUGAUGCUGAUGAAGUCGAGUCAAAAUUUUAUUUACAUAGCACAUUCAAAACAACCUUAGCUGACCAAAGUGCUUCACAACGUCACAGGCUGAUAAAUGAUGCAACAAAAAAUAAGAUUAAGUUUGGUAGAAAAAUAUUAAGACAAUUGUAAAAUUGG